UUGCCUAUUUCUUUAUCUAUAUCAAGCAUUUGCGGAACUCCAAACUACCUCGCUCCCGAGGUAUUUCUACGAGAAGGUCAUUCCAAAGCGGCCGAUUGUUGGGCCGCUGGAGCUACACUUUAUUUCAUGCUCUGUGCCAGGGCACCAUUUCAACCUGCUGAUCCAAUCGGGGAUGGCAAUACGGGGUUCCUCUGCAUGGAUUCGCUCAGUCGGGGGUCCAGUGUUCCAACCACACCGAGUACUCCAUCAGUUCAACCGGUCGGUUCGCAGGUUCGAUCGAUAUGUCGUUGUCUACUUCUGGGUCGAUAUGAGUUCCCGACCUCGGUGAGUCAGCCUGCUCGGCAGGUGAUACAAAAACUGCUCCAGCGUGCUCCGACAUCCAGACCGACUGCAUCUGAGGUUCUCCGUAUGGAGUUUUGUCUACGUCAAUCUGAGUCCAGCCGUCUGAACGAAUCAGAUGUCAAUAUUGAUUUGUCCGCAUGGAUUAGCCUGUUGAUUCCUCAGCUAGAAGACAUUCUGUAUUUUGGUAACGCUUGCGCCAGUGUUGGUCUGCCUGUUUACACGCCUAUGCUCUGUCUGCUGACUGGUCCGCAGAUCGACUACGUCUUUGAAUCGACGAAUUACUUUGAAGUAUUCAUUCUGCGCAUCAAUUUGCCUGCUACUGCUGAACGGAUUCAAGAGCAUCUCGAGGCGUUCAGUUCAUGCGUUUGA